CACGUUUCUUGCUUCUUGAUCGUUGACCUUAAUUGUCCUCAUCGUCAUCUCAUCGCCUCCUCCGUUUAUAUAUAUAACUAGUGCACCUCGGACACCCUGAACGCCGGCCCCCCCACCAAAGCGGAAGUACCCAAGGAACAGACAACGGUUUUAACUCCAUACCCGCUCAGAAUCCACGGAUCGCGCCUCGAAGCUACCGCUCGCGUAUACUGUUCUGAAGUAUAGUCCAGGCCGGGGGCUACAAGGAACUGCCUACAUGUAUCGCUACGGGGACACUGCGUCCUCCACCACCGGGAGCUCUAUCAGUGGUGGUCGGUGGGACGCAGAACGCUUCAUGCGGGAGCGCAGCGAGCGACACGAGCCCACACGCCGCGAACGCCACACCGCUGUAGAAGUCAUUGAACGCGACCGGGUAGAAAAAAGGGUCCCGUCUUUUGUCGAGGAUUAUCUUAAUGCGCAAGAGAAAUAUGGCCCUCCAGCCCGGCGACCAGACCGCGAGUAUGCAGAUGACCAUCUGCUCUCCAGCGCCGACGCCCUCAUCCCCUACAAAGAACGCCGCCGUGCAUCUCCCUCUCCACCGCGAAAACCUAGAUUGCUACGACGCCAGUCAUCUCUCGAUACCUUCGAUCGCGCCGCAACCCGCUUUGCGAACGACUAUUAUCAGUAUGACCGCGAUGACUACGGCCCGCCAGUCGUCCCCAGAGCUGCUUCCCGAAGACACUCCCCUCCAUCAGAGCCGGACUUCGAAGCGAUCCGGGUUUCCGAACCCGACUAUUAUGGGGACGAAGAGUUCCACAGGAUGCGAGAUAGGGUUCGAAGCGUUACUCCCCGUGGACGAUACUCGGUGCGCGAAGAAAUACGAAAGGAAAAGGUUGACCGUCCCUAUCCCCGUCGCGGAAAGACCAGGGUCCCCAAGCACUUGGUGCAUCCUGGCGUUCUUCUCGACCUGGGCUACAAGUUCGAAGAAGAGGGUGACAACAUCAUAAUUCUGCAGGCGCUUGGAAAAGAGAAUAUUGACGAGCUGGUCAGCUUCAGCAGGGAGGUUCGUCGAAAGACUCGUGUCGAAGAGGUAAAAGGACAACAAAGGCUCGUAUCUCGAAGUCGCCGUGAGACGGUCUCUGUCGAGAGAACGCGGUCCAAAUCCCGCCGAAGAAGUUCGAGUGUUAUUCGUCCCAAAGCCGAGUUUCUCGAGGUUCGUGAGACUCGACAAACACGGCGAGUUUCACCGUCCCCGGCUCCGGCGCCGACGCUCCAGCCUCGUCGCCGGCGUCUGUCGUCUCCAAUCCGAGUUAUUCAGCCCCGUGAGAGAUUCGUCGAGGAAAUCAUCCAGCCAAAUACUGACGUUGCACUCAUCGUACCGGAGCGUCACCGACGAAGUGAUCGCGAGCUACGAGCCGAGAUCCACUCUCUGGAGGGAAGAAGACUCCUCACUGAGCAUGAAUCCAUCGCACCGGGUGAUGUUAUCGAGGUUCGGCGCGACCAUAAAGGCCCGAGCCAACGCCUGAUCCGUGCUAUGAUGGCAACCCUUACUUGA